CCUUAAUCCCAGGCUGACGUAUUAUCCCAGGAACGCGCGAAACCUUAAACAGACACAUUCAUUUAAUAAAAAUAAAAUAAAAUAGAGAAACUAAUAUCCUCUGAUUCUCUGUUUGAUGACAGAUAUCCACUAUAAAGUCAAAAAAAUCACGUUCCAGUCUCAUUUUAUUUUAAUAUCCAGACUUUUAUAAUGGCUGAUAUGAAAACAAUCAAAAAUACAGUCUGUAACUAAAAGUCCAGAGGUUUUAGUAAUAAAAUGUUAAUAAAAUAACCAAAAGUCAGCAGUUUAGUCUCUGUAGUGGUUUACUGAUUAACCAGGUUUGUUUUCAUCCGAAAGUGCUUGAAAAAAAUGCAUAGCCUACAUUAUAUGUAGGUGUAUUUAUUACUUUGUCUUUCUGUUAUCUGUAGGUAGAUACACAUCCCGAAGAAGUCUCUUUAAACCCCUUACUUUGGUAGCGAUCCACACCAGGACGACUUUUAGCAGGACCACUGUAGAUUUCACCUUCCACAUCUGCUCCAGUUGUUCUUAAGGCCCUGGUACUUCUGCAUUGGCUGAAGCCAAAGUCUCGGACUAGACCCAGGACACAUCAGAAUUUCACCUCUGCAUUUCACUGACAGUUGAUGAGAGCCAUGCAAUUGCUGAAAGAACACAACUUCGCUAUGCAUACUGGAAGUCAUUUACGGAUCCCGAUCUUCACCAUGGAGACUGUUAGACCAGCGAUCGAAGGUUUCUUCAGAACAUGCCACGAUGCUGAACCCUGCGCAGCUUAACCGGCGUUUGUAGCAAGAAGAGCGGGAUGACUGCGCUGUUACAGCACCCAGGAUACGACGAGGAGAAGCUGCAGAGGGUCGCAGAGCAGCUGCCCUGCAGAGAGGUCCAGGCUGGACUGCUGCUGUCGCUCAUGGGGGAGCCGCAGCAGUACAGCUACCCUUCAAUCUUCAUCUACGGUCAUCGGGCUUCAGGGAAGAGUCAUGUGCUGCACGUUUUACUGAAGGAACUGGAGCUGCAUCACGCCGCCGUCAGCUGUGUGGAAUGCGUCUCGGUGGCGUUGCUGUUUGAACGAGUGCUGCUGUCCUUCUUCGGCUGCGAUGCCGCCUCGCUGCUGCCCCGCAGUCCCUCCCUGUCCGACUUCGUACGCAUCUACAGGCAGCAGCGCUCGCAGUCUCCCGCCAAACAGACGCGAUACAUCGUGAUGGAAAAGGCCGAGCUUCUCAGAGACAGCGAUGCCAAUCUCCUCCCUGCUCUCCUGCGUCUUCAGGAAUUGGUUGGAGACAACGUCACCGUCAUCCUGCUCAGUGAAAUCGCGUGGGACAAGUUCAGACCAAACACCGGCUGCUUUGAGCCGCUUCUGCUCCAUUUCCCAGACUACAGCAAAGGUGAGCUACAGCAGAUUUUGUCCCAGGACCGACACCCUUCAUACUCGGCUGAGUUUUACUCCUCCUACAUCCACAUCCUGCUGGGAGUCUUUUACUCGGCGUGUCGAGACCUCAGAGAGCUGCGACACCUGGCCGCACUCAACUUCUCAAAGUUCUGUGAGCCCGUGGAAGAAGGGAAAGUGAAAGAGACUGACACGCACAAGCUGUGGAGGAACAUCGAACCACAUUUAAAGAAAGCCAUGCAGACGGUUUACCUUCGGGAGGUGUCCAGUCUUCAGUGGGAGCAGAUGCAGCUGAUGGAGGCGAAGGAAGCCGGAGCGUUGAGAGGUUUAUCAGCUCACACUCACGUUGAACUGCCUUUUUACUCCAAGUUCCUGCUGAUUGCUGCCUAUCUGGCAUCGUAUAACCCUGCCCGCACCGAUAAACGCUUCUUCCUAAAGCACCACGGCAAAAUCAGAAAAACAAACUUCUUGAAGAAGAAUGAGAAGACGAGUAACCACCUCCUGGGGCCGAAGCCCUUCCCUCUGGACCGCUUGCUCGCCAUUUUUUACAGCGUGGUCGACAGCAGAGUCGCACCGACGGCCAGCAUCUUCUCUCAGAUUUCCUCUCUGGUGACCUUACAGCUGUUGACUCAGGUCAGCCACGACGACCAGCUCGACGCGCCCAAGUACAAAUGUGCCGUUUCUCUGGACUUCAUCUGCGCCGUUUCCAGGACGGUGAACUUUGACAUUGUGAAGUACCUGUACGACUUCCUCUGAACCUGUAAAGGACGGAUGACGUGUAAGACAAAGGGAGAUUUGUUUCCAUAAGAACGCGCAUGGGGCCGAACAUUUGGAGCUCUGGACUGCUGUUACAUGGAUGGGACUUCAUCUAAUCAUGCCGCUGCCCCCUUGUGGUGAUGAGUGAGCUCAUUGUUUUCUCUUGUAGCACCUGUGCCUCAGGUCAUGUAAAAUAUUUGCAUUUGUACAAAAUAAACUUGACUUUAUCUUGG